AUGGGAAGAGAAAGAAUACAGCUUCUUGACGGAGGGAUGGGAACGACCCUCGAAUCAUCGGGAUAUGAAGUAUCGUCGGAACUCUGGGGAUCAGAAUUACUCUAUACUGAUCCUAAGGCAAUAUCAGACAUUCAUGAAGGAUACGUGAAAUCUGGAGCUGAAUUGAUCGAAACUUCAACAUAUCAACUGAAUUCCACGAAUCUAUCUUCCUAUCUAUCAUCUUCGACAUCCCUUACUCGUUCUGAAUGCGCAAGAGAAUCAAGUAGGAUACUUCGAACUUCUGUUGAUUUAGUCCAUCAAUCACUUUGUUCAUCUUCUGAGUCUUCUGAGUCUUCAUCCUCGACCAAACCCAAAUCCAAACGUGCUUCCUAUCCAGGUGCAGGUGUGGUUUUCUCUUGUGGUCCGUACGGAUCAUCGUUACGUCCCGGUGCGGAAUAUUCAGGUUUAUACCCUCCUCCUUAUGGUCCUUCACUCACCACCAACUCCUUUCCCUCGUCCCCUAUCACUCCUUCAAACACACCUCCUCCGCCAUCAAAAGAAGAAGAGGAAGCUACAGAAUUAUUGAGCAAUUACCAUCUGUCAAAGUUGAUGACAGUAGCAACACAUGAAGAUACUUGGAGGAAAAUAGACUGGAUAGCAUUUGAAACUAUUCCUGUUUUACAUGAGAUCAAAGCUAUUCGGAGAACUAUGAACAAGCUGCAAGGUAUCCUCCGAGAAAGAUAUCCUGAAUCUUUUUCCAGCUCUGAUGCAGGCCAAACUCAGCCGCAAUUAUCGGACGCAGAGGAGUGUGAAAGAGAAAGUCAAACAGAAUGGUAUAAUAAGAAAUACUGGAUAACAUGUGCAUUUCCAAAUGGUCUACAUCCUCAACACGUCUCUAAUUCUUCAUCAGAUUCGAAUUCAAAUUUAGACUCUAGCUCAAAUCAUCAUGUUUCUGUCAGAGAUCUGGUAAACGUUCUGCUGGAUGAACAGAAUGACCAAAGUAUACCUAAUGGAAUAGGAAUUAAUUGUACGAAUCCCUUAUAUCUCUGUUCCCUUAUCAAGCAAUUCAACGAGUCUACUGGAUCUCACAAUUUCACUCAAACGGAAGCUCUCAACAAGAACAAGAACAAAGACAAGGGGAUAACAUUCGUACUUUAUCCCGAUGGCGGAUUAGUAUAUGACGUUAACACUAGAACGUGGUCAACUCCAUCCAACGGUCCUAGUAAUGCCAGCGAAUGGGCAAAAGGGAUAUACGAAGUUGUUCAAUCAAUAGAGAGUGCGAAAUCCCAUCAAGGGACUUAUAUUUGGGAUGGUGUGAUCGUCGGUGGUUGUUGUAAGACUUCCUUUGAAGAAAUAAGUGCUUUAAGGAAAUUGAUUGAUCAAUAA